AGAAAUUCUAACCGUUUUGUUUUGUUGUUGUCAGAUAAAUUUAUAUAUAUUAUUUGUAAUGUAAAUAAAUAAAAUAAAUAUAAAAAAUAUGUCUGUUUACGUGACAGUAAAUCCAGUUUGUAUGCGAAGAGAAAAAACAGUUUUAUCGGACCGUGAGCAAAUAAAAAAAUUUGAACGUGAACGUCGUCGUAGGUUACGUAUUGAACAGGUACGGCAGCAGUCAAAAGAUAUAUCGAGUAAUUUAUUAGAACGGACAAAAGACAUUGCAAGAAAGGAAAUAAAUAAUUUAGAAAAAAAUCAAGAUUCUGAUUUGAGACGUUUGCACAAUAAAAAAUUAAAUGAGAUUCAGCAGCGGUAUCAAGAUGAAAUGAACAAUAUUGGGCUGGCUCACGAAUCCGCAUCGAUUCAGCCCCAGUCUCAGGUUAUUUUAGAAGCUGAAAAGUACAAAAAUCAUGCGGUAGCUGUUGAACGUGGAAAAGAGGCGGCUCAUUUGAUCAAUACUAAAAGUGAUAAUGGUAAUACUAAACACCAGAGGUUGAAACAAGUUCGCGAGACGGAAAACUUACGCUCGGCCAUGAUAGCAGGACUACCAAAGGCUAAAUCAAAACCAAAACUACCUGUUUCUGCUAAAAAGAAAAAGCUCUUGAAAAAUUCACCGAUAAAAACGAGAAUAAAAUCACCGCAGCAUCAAGUUAUCGUGGAAGUUCACCAGCAAGAGCCUGAGGAAGAUGUGAUAACAGAUUUUUUGUGUUUAUGCAACGAUUGUUGUACUUGUCCAAAUUCUGAAAGACACAGUGAUAAUUCAAAGUACAAUCCCGAGGACUACCGACAGCCAAAUAAUAUUGAUUUGGUCAGUACUACGUCUGUCAGCGAUGAUUCUUCUUAUUUUUCCGACAUUCCUGCACAAACUACCAACAGACCAACAACUUCUUUGACAUCUAGAAGCAAAAACACCCAGAGAACUCCUUUGACUGUUAACAAAUCGAGCGAUCUUGUAGAGAGGAUCAUCAAUGUUGAGGGAGAAAUGAAUGCUCAAGAAGCUGCUCAGCAGGUUGUUCAAGAACCUUCUUCUUAUAAAAUUGAUGAGAGUAAAUCCAGGCGUCGAGGAGUUGAUGCUCUGCUUAGAGAGAAAGUUAAACGCGAUUACAAUAAUUUGAUUAAAAAUCUCGAUACUUUGUCUAGGGAGGAAAGAAAAUUAAAGGCUUCGAGAAUUGAUUCUGAGACAGGGAAAUUUCAGGAGUAUCGAGGAAAAACUCAAGCCGAGCUGAGAAACAAGAGAGUUGAAAAAGCAAGACAAAAACUUAUCGAUCGUGAUUUUGAUGGUAUUAUUACGGCAAGUGAACAAGACAAUCAAUUACCUGAAAGAAUAAUUACUCUGCCGCGGAAAGAAACUCUAAAAUCACCGGUUCAACAAGCUUUUUGGGGGGAUCAUCAAUUAGAUAGAGACGAGCCUCAUGUGAAUUCAAUGAGAAAUCAACAAGAGAUCGAAGUAGAGCAAAAUUUAACGCGUGAUGAACAAAUUUUAGAAAUGUUGAAAAAAGUCGAGAGGCAAAAAAAAUUAUUGCUCCAAGAAUUUGGAACUUGUUUGCCAAAUGAAAUAUUUGACGCGAGCAUGACUCCAUUAUUUAACAACAACAUUACCACCAAUCAGAGUAAAAUUCAGGAGCCUGAACGACCAGCUGCAGUGUCACCAGCAAGACAAUUAUCGCCAGAAAUAAAAGUUAUUAAUUUGUCAAAUGUCUCUGACAAUGGAAGAAAAAUAAAAUUACGAAAAGAAAAAAGCAAUAGAAAAACAAAUAAAAUGUCUGAUAGAAGUGAAAUAGCGGUUCAGACAUCUAGAACCGAAGAGGAAGGCAAGGACAAGAGUAUUCAAGUCGAAAUGUCUCCAGACAGAGCAUCCAGACUUUUAAAUAUCCAAGAUACGGUUAACCAAUCGGAUAAAUUGGAUUACAUUGAGCCAAUGGUUACAAUAAUAACUCACCCAGACAUUGAUAUUCCAACAACCGAGAGGUCGCGUCGUAGCAUUGUUAUUAAUGUCGGAAAUGGCAAGAUCCAAGUUACUUCACCCUCGAAAGAUAAUGAGCAAGUACGAUCAGCAACAGCAGCAGCACCCUCAGUAUCGAUUCCAGCUGCUAGAGAAGAUAGUCUCUUUUCACCCGAAAAUUCAAAUGCUCCAACAUCUCUGAAAAAUAAUAAAACUCAGGUGCAGUCUACAAUAAAAGUCACAAAUUACGAGCAAAGUCCGAAUCUUUUCAAUGAAAACUUCUCCCAUAGUUCCUCGUCGUACGCGAGUUUAGGAGCGAUAAAGCCCACCUUGAAUACUUCUCUUCUCAGCAAUAUUACGUCGAUUCUUGAGCUGCUGGAUUUGUCGGAAAAUAACACUGUAGCUAGAAGAUUAGCAAGGUUCAACGUAUCGCCGGCAUCAACACCAGAAACUCCAUCGCCGAGAAUAAUAAAUAUGCGAUCAAACAGACCCUGUCCUGAGCGAAUAGCUAAAAUUUUAGAAUUUACAGGACUGAGCGAGCAGACCAACACCGAUACCGAUACCGAUACCGGUACCGACGAUGAUACCUUAACGUCGCAGAGUCACAAUAACAACAAUAACAAUUAUAAAAAAACACGGUAUUAUCUCGAAGAUAGAUUAUCGCAAGAGCAAGAACAAGUUGGUCAACAGUCGCAACUUGAUCAACAGCAGUGCAUUGAAAAUAUCCAAGUUAUUGAUGCUUUACUGAAUCAACACCGAAACGAGGCUUCUAAAAAUAUUCCGACUAAUUUGGAAAGUAUCAAUCAAUUAAUAAAGGCCGUUGAUAAUCUUCGUUUUCAAUACAGUCCUACAGCUCGCGAAACUACCCAAAGAGAAUUAAAUCCUGUUGAAGAUCCUAUUCCAGAUAAUAAUAAUAAUAAUAAUAAUUUGAAUAAAAGUAAAACACCGCCUGUUAAAUUAUCAAAAACUAAGCCGAAAAUAAUAGCUGAGGAAGCGGCUAAUGUCGACAUCGAAGGUUGGAGAAAAAAGCAUGGCUUGGAAAAACCUAGUCUUCCCUCCAAUGAUGAGGUAGUUGCUAAAUUGUCUCAGGAAAUUUUAGAGCAGAGUAAAAAAGUCAAAGGGUUUGAGAAGAAAACUAAAAUAAAGACUGAAAAGGUAAAAAAUUCUACAAAAGAUAAAGACAUAAUACCAGUUAUUACAUUGGACGAUGAUAAUUAUAUUGAAUCACACACCAGAGCUCCGACAAAAGCAUUAAAACCUGAAAAUUUAUCAACAAUUGAAGAAUUGGAUACUCCUGACACGGGAAAUCAAAGCCAAUGGAGUGUAAGGAGUCCUGGAAAAUUAAAAAAAGUUUUAUCUCCUGAAACUCGCGUUGUUGUUGGUGGUAAUAAAUUGAAUAGUAAAAAUAAUAUUGGAAUUUCCGUAAAUUUAGGUGAAUCGAUCAAAGACAGUGAGAAAAAAUUAGAAAAUACGACUCCAGAAAAGUCUGAUGAAAAUAUUGAAUCUGUGUCUUCUCUGGGUAUCCUCAGUAUCCACUCUAAUGUUCUUUUGACUGAAGAAGAUAAAGAUAAAGAUAGAGAGGACAAACCACUGGUACAAUUUUCAGAUAAUAAUCUAAAUAAAAAAUCAAUAGAGUCACUUUUAAUUAAUUGUAGCGCAAGAAAUUCCGUUGAACGAAUCACUAAUAUUAAGAGCGAUAAAAUAACUUCAACAAGUAGUGGAAAUAGUUUGUCAGGUUUCUCUGGUUUUUCUGGUAUUUCUGACAUAAUAAGCACUCCAGUUUCGGACACAACGCCAAUUGAUGUGGAAUCACCUCCUGAAAAAAUGGAAGACUACCUAAAGCGCAUAGGACUCGCUUCAUUGAUUCCAAUGGUUCGAAAAACUCGUGAAGCCAGCGCACUAAGUUCAUCCUCUAAUUCUGAUAUAACAAUUGCCCUAAAACGGGUAAAAUCUCCGCUUAAAAAAUCACUUUCUGUUGUUAACAAUGGAACAACGACCAACUGGACUUUGCCGGGAUUCAGCGACGUUUCAUCAAUUUCUAUAAAAGAAACUACCACAAAUAAAAGUACUGAAAAGACUGUAUUGAUGAAAGCACGUACAUCAACUCCAAACAUUCCCAAUUAUUAUUCAUUGAGUGAAAAGUCAAGUUUGACAACAACAACAAGCACUACUUCCACCACCGGUGGUUUUAGUUUACCAGAACACAGCGACAGUGUUAUCGCUACGAAUUUAUCAGUCUACCUCAAGACUUGAUUAAUAUUAAUAAUAAAUAUUUUUUAUAUCAAUUUAUGCAGACAAAUAAAAAACAAAAAAA